AAUGUUGCAAGUUUUAGGAGAAGCUGUCUGUACUUUUAGGCCACCUUGCUGCAGGGUAAUUUUUCCGACAUAUUUAGGACAUUUUAAGAAGGACAUUUUCAUGCUUGAGCUGCUUUAACAUACAUCCUUUUUGAUAAAAAAAUGUGCAGUAAUACAUUUAUUAAUGGUUUAACAAAAGGAAAUAUUGAAAAGCAUUUUUUUGUUUUGAUUGCAAAUACAAAAUAGCUUCUAAAUAAUGUUGUUGCAUAUAAAUCUUCCUCCCACUUCUAUCCUGCAUAAUGUUGUCUUUACUACCCUUUCCCUUAUUUUGGACCAGUCCAAACCAAAGAAUAUACUCCGGCAUUAUCCUGACAAAGGAAAACAUUGAAUAGUAAAACGUUUUAACUGGUGAAUACUUAAAUCUUAAAAUCCGUGAAUAAUUCUGCAAUCCAUAGCAAUUUUACUCAAACAACCGGGUUUUUAUUUUCAGAAGUAACAUCCAAAUGUUUAGACUGAUCCAAUCACAUCCUACAAUCUCAAAUCACUCCUUUAUUACCCCUGACACACUCAACUAGGAAGUUUCCCAAUUAAACAUUUAAAACAAUUUAAUACCAACAUUUUAUUUUUACUAAAACUGUAUUUUGCAGGUUUGAAAUAAAUUGAUUCAUUUGCAACUAUGUGUUUGUAGAGUAGAGGAGCCAUCAAACCAUCCGUCCGUAGUUUUGUGUCUACAAAUACUUUGUAGGGAAAGGAAAAAAAACUAUCUGUUGUUUACAGAUGUUUACUGACUAUAUAUAUAUUUAUCAGUAUUGAAAUUAAGUUAAAAAAUAAAACUAGAUAUCUAAAAAGCUAACUCGAUUACAAAUUAAAUGCAAACACGUUAAUUUGGGCCUAAAAUUAGAGAGCCCAAUUAGUUUUGCACAGUCACACAGUUUUUUAGGACUCCCUAAGGAUUAAUCAUGAGUCUCAGUAAUUAUAUCAACCUGAGAUAUUUAUCAACAUUUAUCAAUAAUACUGCAGUCAACUUAAACAUAUUAAUAUUAAGAGUUCUGUCUAGAAUAUUCUUCUAACUUUACAAUUUUAUUAGGAUUGCUAAACCUUUCCUAGGAAAAAAAAAGUUAAGGACGACAGAAAAAUAAAAACUAAAAACAUGUAUUUUUGCAGAAGUGUAAAAAAUGGAGAAAACCAUCGUUUUGAACCUUGAUUUAACUUGUUUAAAGGUAAGUUCACAGCUAGAGGAGAGUUUAUCUGUAGCCGCAAGUGUAGCAGCUCAGGUAAAGACUGCUAAAGCAUCAGUGCUGACUAUCCAAUGUUGUAUAACAGAAGAUAGUUUGGAUUAUCUUAUAUUCAAGAAGUUUGAAGGAAAAUUUCAAAGAAAAUUCACCACUUCACCAGAUGUUGAAAAUAUACCAAACACCUGCAUAGCGUGGAAGAAGGAUGAGUUUACUGGUACAAGUUCGGAUCUGAGCAAGAUAUCAACAAUGUUUCCACAAACCCUCUGCUCUUCAUCAACCAUGGUUCAUCUCUGGGCUCAGAACAGUACUGAGGCUAGUUUAAGCCUUGUCUCCUGGUCUGGUUUAACCUACCGGAACACAGCUCGUGAUAGAUUAUGUGUUUUUGAAACUGCUCUCAGAUUCUUCACAGCCUUCAGAACUUUGAACAAUUUGAAACUAAGAAUAUUGAUUGGAGGACUGUUCAAUAUUGAUAUCAAGAUCAUACAGUUCUGGAGGUAUCCUGAUUUUCUCCCGGUUCUCUACUCUAACCGACCUAUACCCGGAGAAAGGAAGGAACUCAGAUCUAGUUUCCUGUUCACCAAAGAGAAUAUAAAGAUAACAGAGUUCAGCGCUGCAAGGAUUGGAGAGAGAAUAUCAGAUCACUGGGCAGUUACAGCUGAAGUGAUUCCGUGUCAAGAGAAAGGAGAACCUAGUUUAUAUACUCCGGAUCAGAUUGGAAAAGUGCGAGCCCUGCUUUCUGCUCGGGGCGGAGAGGAUGUGGUUGAGAGCGGACAUGGAGAAGAGUCUAGACCACAGAACGGUUCAAGGUCCGGUAUAAGAAAACCGAGCAAAGAGAGGAACAAGGAGAAGGAAAGGUGGCAAAGCAAGGGGAAGGAUGGAGGAGGAUAUAUUAAGGAAGAAGAUUUGUUCCUGGCUCUAGAGACUGAGAGUGGAGACAGUAACAGGUCGACUGCAUUAAACCUUAUCAAUAAUAUGGAAGAGGACGGAGCAAGAAGAAGAGCAACUCAGGCGUAUUUGUGUCAUGUAGAUCGACAUAGUAGUAAGACGGGAAGAGACGAAGUAAGAAGUACGGAGAAAUCUAGAAGUAGAUCAUCGGAUAUACGAUCCAAGUCAAGACUGCCAUCAGAUCGGGGUGUUUUGUCCUAUAUGCCUGAUGAGACAAGCCGUGAACCCAUAAUUGAACUUGAACCUGCUCCACCUGUCCAAGUAAGAACCAGGAGAAAUAAACGGUCUCCAAUGCCACGAAAGAAGAAAUCUGUCCCUGAACCUGAUCCGGAGAAGAAGUAUGUUCCCAGUGCUGUUGAGAGAACUGGAAAACCAGAAAUAUCCAAUAGCAGAGUAAAGCCUGCAGGAGCAGGACGGAGAAGGAAAACUAAACCAAAACCUACUUCGCAACAGAACUCCGAGAGAACAGAUGUAAACUCUGAGCAGAGUCUUGAGUGUUCCUCAAACCAUUCUGACAGCUUUAGUGUGUUCCUGAAGGAGGAGAGGGAUGAACCCGAAUAUCCGGAGAAAACUAAACCUAAACCCUGGACCUCAACUGCCAAACUUUUUGCACUUAAGUAUAUGAAAGAUGAACUUUUAAACAGAAGGGACGAUUCGUUUGAUAACGACAAGAAAGUGCAAUCAGAACAAGGAGAACAUGAAGAACAGGAUCUAGAUGAAGUAGAAGAAGAAGAAGACCUAGCUGGACAACAGACUGGAGAGAAGGAAGAUGAAGAUGAAGAUGAAGAUGAAGAGAAGGAGAAGGACACAGAUAAAGAACCAGUCGAGAAUCCAGACUCCGAGUAGCAUUGGAGAACAAGAUUAAGAGAAGGACGGAGAUAAGAGAACCAGAAGAUCCAGACUCCGACUGGCACUGGAGAACACACUCUUUAUAAAUACAAUUUCUUUAUCAAUAUUAAUAUUGCACCUUUGCAAACCUUUUCCUCGUAGGACGGGCAAAUUAGAGCAAAAUGAAGACGAGAAUAAAUUUUACAAAGAAAUCUAAAUUUUAGCUAAAGUAGAACAACAACAUUUUGUCCUCUAUCAUAGAGCAUAACUUAUAAAUCUUUGAAAUAAAGUAAAAAUGUCCAGAA